AAGUAUGGCAGACAAUAGGAAAGAUGAAGCUAAGGCACCGCACUGGACCUCAGGUCAGAUAGCAGAAGCUUCUUCACAUCCACAUUCCGCAGAGAUGAAGGAGCAAAGUGGCACAGGGGAAGGACUGGUCAGAAGUUCUAAUGGGUUUCCAUACAAAGAGGAUGAAGCUGGAGAAUAUGGUGCGCAUGGACCACAGAGCUCAUAUUCCAGAACCAAAGAGAAUGGAAUCAACGGAGAACUAACUACAGGAGAGAAAGACACUGCAGAAGAAGUAUCUGCAAGAAUAGUCCAAGUAGUAACUGCUGAAGCUGUGGCAGUUCUGAAAAGUGAACAGGAAAAAGAAGCUCAGCUCAAAGAUCAGCCAGCGCAAUUACCUCUAGCAGUUGAAGAGACAGCUAACCUGCCUCCUUCUCCACCCCCAUCACCUGCGUCAGAGCAGACUGGAACCCUGGAAGAAGCUGCUGGUGGUGAAAUAAACCAGACGCCUGGGGUAUUUAAGCAAGCAAAGGAAAAACUUUCGACUUCUUCUUUGUCAAAGAUUCCUGCCUCAAAAGUUAGAGCAAAAUCAUUGCUUCCUCCAAGACCCAACUCUGCUUGUUCACUAAUCACCACUAAAAAAGUUGUUUUGCGCAGUAAAGACAAUUAUAUUGCGUGGCCCUCUUCAGCGGGCCCAAGGGACUAUUCAAAAACAGCUCAGGAUGGAAUAACCAAGAGUCCUGAAAAGCGCUCCUCUUUACCAAGACCUUCUUCCAUUUUACCUGCCCGAAGAGGUAUCUCAGCAGACAGAGAACGAGAUGAAAAUUCUUUCUCCCUGAACAGCACCAUCUCAUCUGUACGACGAACUACAAGAUCAGAGCCUAUUCGAAGCCGAACAGGAAAAAGUGGUACAUCAACUCCAACUACUCCAGGAUCAACUGCCAUCACUCCUGGAACCCCACCAAGUUAUUCUUCUCGUACCCCAGGAACACCUGGUACCCCUAGCUAUUCCAGGACCCCACAUACACCGGGUACACCCACAUCUGCAAUUCUGGUACCCACUGAGAAAAAAAUUGCUAUCAUACGCACACCUCCGAAAUCUCCAGGAACCCCUAAGCAACUUCGUCUGAUUAAUCAACCUCUACCAGAUCUCAAGAAUGUCAGGUCCAAAGUUGGGUCAACAGACAACAUCAAGUAUCAGCCUAAAGGGGGGCAGGUUAGGAUUUUAAGCAAGAAGAUUGAUUUUAGUGAUGUACAAUCCAGAUGUGGUUCAAGAGAUAACAUCAAACAUUCAGCAGGGGGAGGAAAAGUGCAGAUUGUAACCAAGAAGAUAGACUUGAGUCAUGUGACUUCUAAAUGUGGUUCCCUGAAGAAUAUCCGUCAUAGGCCAGGAGGGGGUCGAGUGAAAAUCGAAAGUGUGAAACUGGAUUUUAAAGAGAAGGCCCAAGCCAAGGUUGGCUCACUUGAAAAUGCUCACCAUGUGCCUGGAGGAGGUAAUAUCAAGAUUGACAGCCAGAAACUCAAUUUCCGAGAGCACGCAAGGGCCCGUGUGGACCAUGGCGCAGAAAUCAUCACUCAAUCUCCUGGCCGAUCAAGUGUGGCUUCCCCUCGGAGGCUUAGCAACGUCUCCUCCUCCGGCAGUAUCAAUCUGCUUGAAUCUCCUCAACUUGCGACCCUGGCUGAAGAUGUCACUGCAGCCCUCGCUAAACAGGGCUUAUGA